UUUGCUUUUUUACGUGGUUAUAAAAAAUAUUUACUUUUUAUGUCUUUUAAAACGUGUUCUGGUAUUACACUACAAUAAUCUUAAAAAUGGAAGUCGAUAAGAAGCCAAUUCAUAUAAAAUUUGAUUCUGAUCAGAAUACAAAUAUAGAUAAAUCAAGACUUGGAGAUUGUGAAGUGUGUGGAUUUCACGAUGCCAAAUACACAUGUCCUAGAUGCGAAGUUAAAACUUGUUCUUUAAGAUGUAAUAAAAUCCACAAACUUGAGGUCGAAUGCAAUGGAGAAAGGGAUAGGGCCAAGUUUAUCCCAUUGAAGAAGUUUACCAACAUGGAUUUAUCCAGCGACUUAAGACUUUUGGAGGAAAUAUCUAAAAAUUUAGAGACAUCCAAAAAAAAAAUUGGCAGAAAUAUAAAGUUUCCAAAAUUAAUACCACCUCGUUUGAUUAAACUAAAAGAUGCAUCCACCGCUCGUAGAGUAAACCUAAAAUUUUUACCCAAUGAAUUUGCCAGACAUAAAAGAAAUAGCACCAAAUUUAACAUAAACCAAAAUACCAUAUCAUGGCAUAUAGACUGGAUAUUUGGAAAUGCAAAUAACUUAAAAAUCACUGAUAGAAUGGUGCCUGAAGACCAAAAAUUAAGCUCAAUAAUAAAUAAAUUUUUAUUAAAGCAAGAUAAUGAAAAUCUCCAAAAUAGUUUGAAGUUUUAUCAAUCUGCUGGUUUGCCAGGCAUUAAUUUGUAUCUUAAAGCUGAACAAAAAGCAGGUGGUAAAAAGUUUUAUGAGCUGGAUGUCACAAUGACUCUAAAGGAGUGCCUACAUAAAAAAAUAAUUAUUGAGUAUCCUACAAUUUAUGUGGUUUUAAAAGGACAUGAAGGGCUCUAUGAAGUAUUGGAUUCAGAUGAAGAAGCUGAAGAACAAAUGGAGACAGAGGAAAUAAAAAGUGGCCAAGAGAUUGUUAAUACAAUUAUUAAUAACGCAGAGGAUGAAGAUAGUUUCUACAGAUCUCUUAAAAAUUUAUUAUUUGUUUCUGAAUAUUCAGAUGAUGAAUUGUCUGAAGAUGAGUAAAUGGUUGCCGGCAUGCCUUUUUAUUUUUAA